UCAAAUAAUUCAAAAUAAAAAAAAUAUUCCUAGAACCGGGGAUUUAUUGAAAAAGAAAUCAGGACAUGUUACUGGAGAUAUACAUCUAUACGCGAAAGUCCUUCCACCAAAUGUUUUCAACAAACAAGAGAAAAAGAAAAAAAAUUUCUUUACGUAGCUAGGAGGCUUGCCCAGGAUUGGCACAAGACGAUUUUCGUUCCGUAUACAAUCGACACAGGAUCCAAAGCAACAAUCUAGCAAUAAUAAAACUUUGUGUUAAACUGUGUUUUAUGUUGAUAUAAGUAGCAAAUAUUCGCGUUACUUUAUUCGCAAUUACAUGCCGCAUGCAUAAAAGUUGAAGCUAUGGAUCAUGUUUCCCUUGCGGGUGAAUAUCUGGACAAUUCUCUCAUAGGCAUUCAAUUCAAUGUUUUGCGCAAUGAAGUCAUGAGCAGAUUUCGGCGGAAAAUAGCGUCAAAGAAAUUAUUAAUCCAAAUUUCAUAGUUGGAGUGUGACACUUUUUGAAGAUGUUGAAAUAUGUAGUCCAUGCAUCACCAAAUGAUUGGAUUUAAAGUUGAAGGUAACGCUAUGGGAAUUAUUAACCCGAAAGAAGGAAUAACGCACGAUUGUGCAUGGUCUUAUUUGCGGCCUGACGAAUGAGGCGAACAAACAUUUUAUGCAUCAUGUUUUAUAUAGAAUUCGCUGACUCUAAAUGAAACGAUAUGGCCUCUAUAAAUUUCCAAAAUAUGGCAACCUUCCUAACGCAAUUUCUAAAAUGAUGAUAGAUCAGUAAAAUAUCAAAAACGAAGUUGGAGAAGCAAUAUAAAAUAUAAAUUUAUUGUCCAAAUUGAAGUAACUAUCAAAAAUGAACGCCCCGCCAACGUUUGAAUCCUUUUUGCUAUAUGAAGGAGAGAAAAAAAUUAUUAAAGAAUUGGAUACAAAAGUAACAAAUGCCGCAAUAUUUACGGUCAACAAGGAAGAUCACACGUUAGGAAAUAUGAUAAGAAACCAAUUGCUGAAAGAUCCCAAUGUACUUUUCGCUGGUUACAAGGUGCCGCAUCCGCUAGAACACAAGUUUGUUAUCCGCAUUCAAACGACAGCUGACUGCUCGCCCCACGAAGCAUUCAUGAAUGCUAUCACUGAUUUGUUGGCGGAAUUGUCUCUUUUCGAAGAACGAUUUAAAGAUGCUAUCAAAGAGAAAAAAGAAGGAGGGGAUUAAACGAUAAAUAAAGUGUUUUUAAAUUUCAUUUGAAAAAAAGAUUUAAAAUAGAAACAAAGCUCUAAACGUCACCAACGUUCUUUCAAAAUAAAUCAGUUUUCAACUGUUAUCAAUAUCAUAUA